CCCUCGAGGUUAGAGUAGCGGGGGUUGCGCGAUUUCCGGUUGGUAAGACCGGCGGCUCACCGCAGCAGGUAUGCGAGUCGACUGGGAGGGGUGGCUGCGAGACUACCUUGCGCCGUCAGACGGCCGUCGCCGGCGCCGUGGGCCCACGCUCGCCGCGCUGCAGGGCCUUGUCGGCGACAUCCCGCCAUCAUGGUGGAGUGCAGCGCAGGCUCACGCCGCACAGCUGGCGAACCCUGGCCCAGCGCCUGUCCCGGCGCCGUCCACCAGUGAGGUCGUCCGCACCACCAUCAUGCCGCGCAUGGGCUGGAAGCUCUCUGGCUCUGAGACCCUCAAAGUCCCCCUAGCGAAGCUGUCCGUCCGCAUGGCCACAUCCAUGCAGCUGGACGAUGUGGCCACGCGGCGGGCGGACCUACACGAGGAUUAUGAGCGCGCGGCACAGGGCCUCCCGCCGCGCGCUGUGGUGCGGCGGGAGGACCUGCCAGCAGCUGCGGCUGCAACGCUUGGCGCCAUUAGGGACACCCUGGCGCGCCUUUGGCAGAAGGUGCGGUGGGAACGGCGACACUUUGAGACGCUGUGGCGGUUGGCCAUCGACGCAGUGCCGCUGCCGGGAAACUCGCAUAUGCCGUUGGCUCGCCGUGAGCCAUGCGGCUGUGGGCAACACGGCCAUGGGGGCGCCGCGGUGGAGGCACACGCCGCCGCCGCGCCCACGCCACGGCAGCACCACUUCUGGGAUUGCGCGGUGGCGAAGGCCGUGGUGGCGCAGAUCAACGCACACAACCCCGGUCCGGCUCCCAUCAGCCAAGCCCAGCUGUGGCUGGUUCAGGCGCCGCCGGGUUUUCAGCAGUGUGUUUGGGACGUGGUGGUGAUGGCGGCGCUGGCCGCCACAGAACAUGGCCGGGUGCGGCUGCGCGGGAUGACGCGCGCCGCAGCGGCCCUGGGAAUUCAGACGGCGGCGGCAGCAGCUCCCGAGGCUGCGGUGGCAGGUGCAGCGGAGGCGGAACCCGAUCUUGACGAGAUCCCGCCCACACAGCUGACGCCGCCGCAGCCAGGCGUCAACCCCGUCGAGCUUGCGUGCGCUCGUGCAGUCGCGGACUUCUGGUCGCGGCUGAUGCAGUUUGCGCAGCUCGGCGUGCCCCAAAAGGGCUGGGAUGGUGUUGACGCCACUCACCCCAUCCUGGCGGUGGUGAACGGUGAAAUGCUGUGCGCGAUGCCGCAAGCUAUGGAGCUGGAGGCUUGAAAGGGAUCAGCCCUUAGGAGAAGCGCGUGAGCACUAACAUGAGCCACUGAAGCAGUGGCAUACGAGAGGGUCAGCGGGGGAGCUUAGUGGGCAGGCGAAGGGUUUUUUUUGUUAUACGCCCGUGGGAGCAGGGCCAGGUUUGCGGGGUUUUCAUGCCUGAGAGGGUGUAUUGGGUGCUGCAACACCCCGGGUCUUACGGCCUGGUCCGGCCUAGUGGCCAGACGCGUUUGUGGCUGCCCUUAGGCAUUGUCUGCCCUGGCGUCGAGAGCUGGUUAGGUUGCGGUUGAGGUCGUGCAGGCUGCCGGGUCGUAGGACUCAGCCCCGCAGCCACUGUGGUCGUGCUUUCGCGUGCUGUCGCGUGCUGCGUGUUUUGUUAUGUUUGCUGUUUUUGUCUGCCCGCCUGGUUUUUUAAGAGGUAGCUC